AUGCAACAUCUCCGCGAUGGCCAGUUAAGCUCCUCUCCAAAAGGUCCUCCCGAGCUCACUAUAUUAGACGACGCCGCACAUGACCGACAGGAUAUGCUCCGGGAAGCAGCGUUCUACAAUCGAACCUCAAUCAUUAGUAAUCGAUGCUGUAGCAUAGGGGAUAGCGUGGACUCGCUAGAAGGCUACCUCCACUCCCUGUGGCACAUGUACUAUCAGCUCGGCCGACAUAAGUCGCACGAAACGACUGACCAAGAUCGCCUGGUCCUCGACAUUGUCCGCAUUCAGGGCCAAGGUCCAUUGACUAGGCCCGUUCCUGGUUUGUACGGGGUCUAUAUCGCACGAACAGUCGAAGGUACACUGUGGAACGAUCUACCCUUCUUGGCCACGGAUAUGACCGACUUCUGGAUCAACAAUUGCGCGCCCAUCAAGGACCGAAUAUGUCAGAUCGCCCUCGUCCUAUUUCGCUCAACUUUCGAAGACAGACGAGAACUUCGCUACUCGGAGGAGCUGGAUGAGGAACAGAAGAGUCGAAAAAUUGACCAUCUCGAUAUUGCACACUUGUUGCCAGCGGCCUAUGCGUGGUUCAAGGAGGCUGGUUACAAUCUCGUCCAACUCUCGGAUGUCUACUGGAAUGAUUGUCCGAGCACGAUAGGUCAAGGUGGUCAGUGGUUCAUCGAGUCGGAGCUUGGGAAGCGAUCACCAGCGGGAUUCACACCGUGGCGAUGGAUGUACUGGCUUAAGCAUCUCCAUGAAAUUCGGCAUGAGGCAAAAGAAAUCAAUGAGAAACGCCUUGAGCGGUACGCUACGGAUGCUAUCGAGCUUAUGGUUAACCAAGCGAAUGAUCGCAACUCUGGAAUUCUGAGGGCUUACCGAGACGGCGGGGAUGCUCUGCAUCAGGAAAAACACUUGUUGUAUGCAAUUGUGAAGUUGAGCGGAAAGUAG